CCCGGGAGCCCGGAGUGACCCCAGCCCCAGCCCGCUGCCUUGGGAUCUGAGCUCCUGGUAAACACGUUGGCCUGUUAAAGGACAUGAUUCAGACUGUCCCCGAUCCAGCAGCUCACAUCAAGGACAGGAAGCCUUAAGAAGACAAUGCAAUUUAUAGGCAGGCGCAACAAAAAGCCCUGUAAGGAUUUCCAUGAGCCUUAGUGGACCAAAUGAGUCGUGGCCGGCUCUUUUGAAGGCUGGAGCUGACAGAAUAAUGCCAAGUCUGAGGCUGCCAAGGUGGGCUUUUCAGAAGAUUCAGACCUGAGGAGGAAGCGUUAUCGGUGGUGAGCGAAGACCAGUCCCUGUUCGAGUGCGCCUACGGAUCUCCCCACCUCGCCAAGACAGAGAUGACAGCCUCCUCCUCCAGUGAAUAUGGGCAGACCUCCAAGAUGAGCCCACGUGUCCCCCAGCAGGACUGGUUGUCACAGCCCCCGGCCAGAGUCACCAUCAAGAUGGAGUGUAACCCCAACCAGGUUAACGGGUCGAGGAAUUCUCCAGAUGACUGCAGCGUGGCAAAAGGAGGGAAGAUGGUCAGCAGCUCAGACAGUGUGGGGAUGAACUAUGGAAACUACAUGGAGGAGAAGCACGUUCCACCCCCGAACAUGACAACCAACGAACGAAGAGUCAUUGUGCCAGCAGACCCCACGCUGUGGAGCACCGACCACGUGCGCCAGUGGCUGGAGUGGGCGGUCAAGGAGUACGGGCUGCCGGACGUGGACAUCCUGCUCUUCCAGAACAUCGACGGCAAGGAGCUCUGCAAAAUGACCAAGGAUGACUUCCAGAGGCUCACCCCCAGCUACAAUGCAGACAUCCUCCUGUCACACCUACACUACCUCAGAGAGACUCCUCUUCCACAUUUGACUUCAGAUGAUGUUGAUAAGGCCUUACAAAACUCUCCACGGUUAAUGCAUGCUAGAAACACAGGAGGCGCCACUUUUAUUUUUCCAAACACAUCAGUUUAUCCAGAAGCAACACAAAGAAUUGCAACCAGGCCAGAUUUGCCUUAUGAGCAAGCCAGGAGAUCAGCAUGGACGAGUCACAGCCACCCCAGCCCUCAGUCAAAAGCUACUCAGCCAUCAUCCUCAACAGUUCCCAAAACAGAAGACCAGCGUCCUCAGUUAGAUCCAUAUCAGAUUCUUGGACCGACCAGCAGCCGACUUGCAAAUCCAGGGAGCGGGCAGAUCCAGCUGUGGCAGUUCCUGCUGGAGCUGCUGUCGGACAGCUCCAACUCCAACUGCAUCACCUGGGAGGGCACCAACGGCGAGUUCAAGAUGACGGACCCCGACGAGGUGGCGCGGCGCUGGGGCGAGCGGAAGAGCAAGCCCAACAUGAACUACGACAAGCUCAGCCGCGCCCUGCGCUACUACUACGACAAGAACAUCAUGACCAAGGUGCACGGCAAGCGCUACGCCUACAAAUUCGACUUCCACGGCAUCGCCCAGGCCCUGCAGCCUCACCCCCCGGAGUCGUCCAUGUACAAAUACCCGUCGGACCUGCCCUACAUGAGCUCCUACCACGCGCACCCGCAGAAGAUGAACUUUGUGGCCCCCCACCCCCCUGCCUUGCCCGUGACAUCCUCCAGCUUUUUUGCCGCCCCCAACCCGUACUGGAAUUCGCCCACCGGAGGGAUCUACCCCAACACCAGGCUGCCAGCUGCUCAUAUGCCUUCUCAUCUUGGCACCUACUACUAAAGUGGGGUGGGGGAGACAGAAGCCAGGCAAAGCAAAGGCGAUUCUCGGUGGGAUUCGGCCCCUGAGGAGUCGCAAUGAACUCUGUUGGAGUACUCGAAUUAAAAGUGCCUAAAGAGACAAGUGAAGGUUUGGCUGGGGGAAAAAAUUAUAACCCCAAAACCACGUUAAAAAUAGAUGUCAAAAAGACUUUUUGUAGUAGGGAUUUAAAGGAAAUAUCCAAGAAGUAUUAAGAUACUAAAAUGUAAUGUAUAUGGGCAUCGACUCUGUGGACCAAACAACAAUAGACUAUUGUAGGUAGAAGCAUGAAAUGAUAAGGAAAACCUACGGAAGCUGGUGGUCUUAAAAAGUUGAUAAGCUUGUUAAAGUGUGUAAAGUUUGAUAUCAUGCUAGUGCAAGACUGGGACUAUACUACAGCAAUAUAAGGAUAAGGCUAUAGUGACCUAACGUACAGUAUAUGGAUCAUUACAAAAAAGAGGGAAAAGGAAAAAAAAAUAGGGAAAAAAAGAGCCUAUCUGUAUUUAAAAAACAGAAACGUAUCAGCAGAAGAGACUGGUGAGUGUGUAAGCUGAUUUGGAAUAGAACAGCAGUGUUGUAGUUCAAAUGAAACAAGAUCCAUUCAUCAGAGCGGAUCAGCUGCUCAAACUGUGAAGACAACCCAAACUUUCAGAUUCCUUGACAGUUUUACAGGAACCCUGAGCCAAACGUGGGAAAUGAGAAUGUGCUGGAGGGCAAGUGUAUGGUUGUAGAUCAGAGGCCUGCACCUGGAAGCAGGACGCAGGAAGGAGAAAGAGGAGGAUGAAGGUGGUGACAAGGGGAGGAAAGAAACUUCUUGACUAGUAGAGACUGAAAAGACUGAAAACUUUGUAGUGUUGGGACUAUGAAGAAACACUUGUUUGGACUUGUGAAACAUAUUGCUCAGUAUUAUACCAUUCCCAGUAUUUCAGGAGGAACAGACUUGAUUCAGUAGUGAUAAAAAGUGGAAAAAGGGAAAAGCAGAAGAAGCGAGAAAUCAGAAUAUGCAUCUCUCUUUUUUUUUUUUACAAAAAAAAAAAAAAAAAAGCAAAACUGGAAUUGUGUUUGAUAUUUAAAAGUUACCAGUUAGAACCUCAUCAUUACCAAGGGAGUUUGUUUUCUAUGGGUUAGAGCAAGAGACAACCCCUGACUGCCAGAAUCAGAAAUCACCUGAGUAUUUUUGUUAGGCGGGCGCCAGUUUUUCUUACCGAGUCGCGAACGCUGUGCGUUUGUCAGAAUGAAGUAUACAAGUUCAGUGUUAUUUUUUUUUUCCUUUUUAUAUAAUUAUUAUAUAACUUAUGCAUUUAUACACUACGAGUUGAUCUCGGCCAACCAAAGACACACACACACACACACACACACAAAAAUCCAAAAAAAAAAAAAAAGGGACAAUCCAAAAAAACCCUAUUGUGGCCUUGAAUUUUAACUCUGUAUGCUUAAUGUUUACAUUAUGAACAUAUUAGUCCUUAGAUUGCAGAAUGUAUGUAAUAAAAUAAGCUUGGCCUAGCAUGGCAAUUUCAGAUUGA